GAACCGGCUGCGCGCCCCGCGCCUCCGCCCCGGCUCCUCCGCCAGGCUCUGCCUCCCCACCCCAGGAGAAGAUGGCAAAGGUGGCCAAGGACCUCAACCCCAGGGUGCAAAAGAUGUCCCUGGGCCAACAGCAGUCGGCGCGGAGUGCGGCUUGCUUGCGAUGCAAGGGGACAUGUUCGGGCUUCGAGCCACAUUCAUGGAGGAAAAUAUGCAAAUCGUGCAAGUGCAGCCAAGAGGACCACUGCGUGAGCUCCGAGCUGGAGGACGACCGGAAGAUCGGCCGCUUGCUGAUGGACUCCAAGUACUCCACCCUCACGGCCCGGGUGAAGGGCGGCGAGGGCAUCCGAAUUUACAAGCGGAACCGCAUGAUCAUGACCAACCCCAUCGCCACCGGCAAAGACCCCACCUUUGACACCAUCACCUACGAGUGGGCACCCCCGGGCGUCACCCAGAAACUGGGCCUGCAGUACAUGGAGCUGCUCCCCAAGGAGAAGCAGCCCGUGACGGGCACCGAGGGCGCCCUGUACCGCCGGCGCCAGCUCAUGCACCAGCUCCCCAUCUACGACCAGGACCCCUCUCGCUGCCGGGGACUUUCGGAGAACGAGCUGCAGGCCAUGGAGGAGUUUGUCAAGCAGUACAAGAGCGAGGCCCUCGGGGUGGGCGAGGUGGCCCUCCCCGGGCAGGGCGGCUUGCCCAAGGAAGAGGGGAAGGCCCCGGAAAAGCCGGAGGGCACGGACACGGCAGCCCCGACCAGCAACGGCAGCCUGGGAGACCCAGCCAAGGACGUGGAAUACGUCUGCGAGCUGUGCCAGGGCGCGGCCCCCGCCGACAGCCCCGUGGUGUACGCGGACAGGGCCGGCUACCGCAAGCAGUGGCACCCGGGCUGCUUCGCCUGCGUCAAGUGCUCCGAGCCGCUGGUGGACCUCAUCUACUUCUGGAAGGACGGGGCGCCCUGGUGCGGCCGCCACUACUGCGAGAGCCUGCGGCCCCGCUGCUCCGGCUGCGACGAGAUCAUCUUCUCGGAGGACUUCCAGCGCGUGGAGGACCUGGCCUGGCACCGGAAACACUUCGUGUGCGAGGGCUGCGAGCAGCCGCUGAGCGGCCGGGCCUACAUCGUCACCAAGGGGCAGCUCCUGUGUCCCACCUGCAGCAAGUCCAGGCGCUCCUGAAGGGCUGGCGACCCCGGCCGCGGGCCCCCCGGACCCGCCGCGACCCCGAGGCCAGGCGAAGGGGCCUGGAUAGCGGGCUGCAGCGGGAGAACAUAGAUAUCGUAGGUUGAGGGAUGGGGGGGGGGGGGGUCCUUGGGAGGCUGGGGUUUCAGAACCAGAAACGUCCUAACAUCUUAGGAUUCAUUUAUGCGGUCUGCCAGCCACAAUCAACUAAAGGCCGCCCUCCCCCCCCCACUCCCCCCGCCCCGCCCACGUGGCCUCCUGCGGGGGAGGAAUUUCCCAGAAUGCAGUGGUGAGUCAGCCAAUCAGCCAGCAGCGAGAUGUGUGCCUCGGUGGGGGGGGGGGGGGGGCGAGGGGGGCUCCCCCAGGAGGCAGGGUGGGAAUCGCAGCUCCCACUCCUUGCCUCUUCUUCAAGCGGAGUUUGACUUGUUAAUAAGCAAACGUUGUGGCGUGAGAAACGUUUAUCAAUAAAAGCUGUAUGGAUUCCA